AUCACAAAGCAUCUUCCAACAGUCUCUGCUAAAAAGUGAGAAUGUAUAUUCUUGGUCCUCCUCUAGUGAGGCACGUUAUCUUCAUGACAGCCUUCUUAUAUCUUUCUGAUGCAAGGCCAUCAUAUCACAUCACAGCGCUUAAUAUUAUUCUCCCUGGUGUUAAUACUUCUCUUGCUGUUCACUUGUUUGGAACAAAUUAUUCUGAAGCUACGGUGACUGCAGAAAUUUUGGGACAAGAUGGAAUUUUAUUAGUAAAUGCAAGUAAGAUCUUCUCUAGAGAUACUAUUGGGCUGCUCACUCUUCCUCCACUGCCAAAGAAUUCAUCCUCCUCAAUUUCCUACAACUUGAAUAUAAGAGGAAUGCAACAAAAUAUAUCCCUUUUCUCCAGUACAUUGUGGCUCAGACUGGCACCUGUAUAUGUUUUUAUAGAAACUGAUAAAGUUACCUACAAACCUGGACAAGCAGUAAAAAUUAGAACAAUUUCUACAUUUCAUGAUAAGAGUCCAUACAAUGGAAAUGUGGCCCUUGUUGUGAGGGAUCCUGAAAAUAAUAUUGUUCAGCAAUUUCAAAACCUAACCAGCUAUUUGGGCGUUGUAUCAACUGAGUUUGUUCUGUCUAUCAAUCCCAUGCUUGGUAACUGGUCCAUAGAGGCUACAGCAGAUAAUACUCAAUCGUCUGCCAUUUUCAACGUUACUAAUGGUGAUUUACCUGAAUUUGAUGUUACAAUUAAUUCAUCAAAUAUUUACAUUCCAACACAGCAGCUGAAUCUGACUGGUACUAUCAUGGCAAAGAGUUUCUUAGGAAAACUUAUAAAUGGAAGUGUAACAGUAUCUCUGAAGCCCUUUUAUUAUUACUAUGAUGAUUAUUAUUAUUAUUAUUAUAAUACCUACACACCACUUAAUAAAACAUAUAAGAUCGUAUCAGGAUCAGCAAAUUUCAGUUUCACAUAUAAAGAGAUGGGCUAUAACAAUUCAAAUUGGUAUAGUCAUUGGUCUACUACUGGAGUACUCGUAAAUGCCUUGGUGACAGAUGAACUGACAGGAACAGUAGUGAAUGCAUCAUCACAUAUCAGAGUAACAGACUCCGUGUACAAUCUUACUAUGAUUGGUGAACCACAAGUCCCUGCAUUUGGCUUUAAUUAUACAGCAAAGUUGCAGAUACUUCGAAUUGAUGAUGCAACAUUGGCAAAAGAAGACAGAAAUAAUAUUACAAUUCAGAUUUACCAAUAUAGAUAUUAUUGGUAUGAGAAAAUUAUGGACAACUCAAUGUCCCCAACAACUUUGAACUCAGAAGCCAAUCUCACCUCUUCUAACACAAUGUCUUCUACACCAGCGUUUACUGCAUCAGUGUCCUCUUCAUCAACUUCGCCUUUGUCAAACUUCACUACGUUAGUGUCUACUACAUCAUUCUCCAAUAUAUCAUUUUCAACUUCAUCAAUCUCCAAUUCAUCAAUAUAUACCACACCAAUUUCCACUACAUCAAUCUCCAAUUCUAACCUUUUAACUGAGAAAGUGUAUACAAUCCCAGAGUCUGGGAUUAUUAGCUUUGAGUUUCCAAUAAUGAUUAAAAGUGGUUAUAUACAGAUUACGGCUCUGUAUCAAAACAUUGUCCGAUACUGGUACUUGGACCUAUACUAUAACUAUCACAAUUGCAACAUUCUCAAGAUGAGAAUAUCAAACUCAACGAAAAAGGUUGGGGAAGCAUUCCAAGUAAAGGUUAAUUCACGUGUAGAGGUUAAGGAGCUUUACUAUGUGGUUAUGGGUAAAGGAGUAGUUGCUGCUGGAAAGAAAACAAAUGCAUUAUUUACCCUCACUCCAGAACAUUCAUGGGCACCAUCUGCUACUCUGAUUGUUUAUGCAUUGGAUACUAAUUGCACAUACUACAAUAUUGUGAAAACCUCUGAGAUAAUUUACAUCGAAGGCAGUUUUAAUAACACGGUCUCUUUAUCAUGGAGUAAAAGCAAAGUACAGCCUGGAGAAAAUGUUUCUUUGACUAUUAAUGUGGGAAAAACUCAGUCAUUGGUUGGACUGCGAGUUGUUGAAAAAACGCUUCAAGAAAAUAAAAAUGCUUUAACUGCAAGUAGAGUGAAAAGUGGAAUGACUAGUUAUUAUCAGGGUAUAAGUCUGAGUGACAGUUCAGUUUUAAAUAUUAAUUACCCAUUUGAUGAAUUACAAGGAUAUCCAAACUCACCUUUGAAGCAGCCAGAGUCUGUUAGGACAGUUUAUCCAGAGACAUGGCUUUGGCAAGAGACCAAUGUUAGUUCGAGUUCCACAAGUCUUCAAGUAACUGCACCUCAGACAAACAGCACAUGGGUGGCCAGUGGUUUUCUAAUUUCUGAUGAACUUGGACUAGGAUUUACAGAGAAGCCUAUUGAGUUAGCUGUAUCAAGGCCAUUUUUUAUUUCGUUAAAUCUUCCCUACUCCGUUACCAGAGGUGAACAGUUCAUUUUGGAAGUUACAGUGUUUAACUAUUUACCUGAAAAGCUACAGGCCACAGUUGCACUGGAAGCUAGCAACGCAUUUACAGUACUUGCCCCAGCUAAUGAUGUCAGUACUGUAGCUGGCCAAACAUAUGUCAUUGUUCCUGGGUUGAAACAAAAAACAGUUUUUUUUCCAAUAAAACCAAAAACAUUGGGGCAAAUAACAAUUAAAGUGAAGGCAACUUCAUCACUGGGUGAAGAUACUGUAAGCAAAACUAUAUUUGUAAAGGUUGAAGGAGUGAAGCAUUUUUAUUCUCAGGCUGCAGUUUUUCAGGUGAAUGGUGCUGGAGGUACUUCUCAGACUGUGUCAAAGGAUUUUUCAUUCACUUUUCCAUCUGAUGUCGUACAAGAUAGCAAGGAAGCUCUCGUCACUGUUAUAGGAGAUCUUCUUGGGCCUUCAAUAGAUGGUCUUGAGUCACUGAUCCAGAUGCCAUAUGGUUGUGGAGAACAGAAUAUGAUUAAUUUUGCACCAAAUAUUUAUGUUCUUGAAUAUUUAACAGCAACUGGACAAAUCAAAGGAGACAUUAAGAAAACGGCAAUUGAUUAUAUGACACAAGGUUAUCAAAGGGAAUUAACCUACAAGAGAAGUGAUGGUUCAUUUAGUGCUUUUGGGAAUGGUGAUUCUUCUGGAAGUACUUGGCUUUCUGCGUUUGUACUAAGAUGUUUUCUCCAGGCUCGACCAUUUAUUUUUAUAAGCCCAGCUGUAUUAGACCAAACAAUACAAUGGUUGGUACGUUAUCAAGACAUUAACACUGGGAUAUUCUCUGAACCUGGGAGGGUUAUUCAUUCUGAGCUUCAAGGAGGAUUGAAUGGACCCGUCACACUCACUGCCUAUAUUCUAACUUCACUACUAGAAGAUAAAGACUAUAAAACCAUGUAUGCUUCAAAAAUCAAUAAAGCCAUACAAUAUCUUGAAAGCAAGUUUGAUGAAGGCAUUUCCAGUAACUACACCUUGUCAAUUGUUGCAUAUGCUCUCUCUCUGGCCAAUAGCACUAAAGCAAAUGCAACACUUACCCAGCUUAUCUCAAGAGCAAAGAGAAAUGGAGACAUGUUGUAUUGGUCUUCACUGUCUGAAACAUCCAACUACUGGCAGCCGCGGUCAAGUGAUAUUGAAACAUCAGCCUAUGCAUUACUCUCCCACGCCAUACAAAAUCGUAUUUCAGAAGGCAUUCCUAUCAUGAAAUGGAUCAGUCAGCAGAGAAGUCAUCUUGGAGGAUAUUCAUCCACUCAGGAUACAAUAAUGGCUCUUCAAGCUUUGGCCCAGUUUGUGGCACUGGCUCCAAAUGGGGAUACAUCCUUAACUGUGAAAAUUACUGGUACAGGUGCAUUUGUGCCAAAAACAUUUAAAAUUACUAGUGAAAAUCUUUUGGUUUUACAAAGUGAUCAGAUAACAGUUACUGAGCCGAUGUCAAUAUCGGUUUCUGCAGUUGGAAGAGGAAUAGCUAUUUUUCAGCUAAAUAUAAACUAUAAUCAGAAAGCAUCCUCCCGGCGUAAGAGAAAUGCACUCAUAUCAGAAGCAUUUACUUUAGAUGUCACGGUAAAUGACGACAAAAAUGACCUUCAACGACUUUCUGUUGAUGUAUGCACAAGCUAUCAAGGUGCAGGGAAUGAGAGUGGUAUGGCCCUUUUAGAUGUUGGAUAUCUCAGCGGAUUUACGUUGGACCCAAAAGGUAUUCCCAUUGAAGGAUCACUUAAAAUGGUGGAAAAAAAAGAUGACAAAGUAUAUCUUUAUUAUGAUUCGGUGAACAAAACCCAGCUAUGCAUAUCUGUGCCCAUGGUUCGCACUGCAAAUGUAGCUGGUUCUCAAGACUCAGUGAUAACAAUUUUGGAAUACUAUGACACAAGUAACACUGCAACAAGAACUUAUAAUUCUGAAACCAUGAAAAGUAUUUCCUCUUGUGACUUCUGUGGAAUCAAUUGUUCAUUGUGUACAUCCAAUGUCAAAGUGGAAACACCAACCACUCAAGUGACAAGUCUGACAACAGCCACAACCACAACCACAACUCCUUCCAGUGCCAUCACAUUAUUAUUUCACUUCUCUGGUUUCUUGAUGCUUGGCAUAUUUUAUAUUAUAUGACAAAAAAAAAUAA